UUUAGUUUUCACCACCCAUUGCCAAUCACCGAUCGCCAUUACACUUUGCUUGUCCUUUACGCCAAGUAAUUACCAGACAUUCUAUAUAGAGGAUUUGUAACAGUCUGAGGAAUCAAAGCAGCUUAGAAUUUUCAGUAAUGGAUGCCAAAUCUUUAACUGCAAUUGCUAAAUCCAGAGGGACAAUCUGCAGGCUGCCCUUUACGCAAAUUGGCACGAAGAAGAACAUGAGACGAUUUGCUGUCAAAGCUUCCAGCUCUGGGGAAUCAGGACAUCGGAGCAUGGUGGAUGAAGAUAUGCUGGUGUUGAGAAAAAGGAUGCACCAGAUCCGAAUGGAGGAAAUAAAUUAUAUUCCUCCACAGCACUGGAUGGAGUGGGAAAAGAAAUGGUAUCCAACUUAUGACUCAGAUAUAUGUUCUUCCCUGAUGUGGUUGCAGAAUAGGCUCCUUAAUACAAGACCUAGCGUUACAAUGGCUGUAAUGGCUUUAUUCUUCUUCAGUGUCCCAGCAUCUCUCUUGCUUUUUCUAAUGGAAUCCACUCAAUUGAUCAGUAAUUUGCAUGUAUAGCCUUAGAAAUCUUGUACUGCAAAAUUUCUGCUUAUCCCUUGGACUUUUAUGUAAACUUUGCUUAUGAAAUGUCAUUUUAUGUACUACCUUUAUUCUGGAUUA